CAAAAAAAUGAAGACCUUCCUCUCACGUGUUGCCUCUCAAUCAAAGAAAGUUAAUUCUAUUAACAUCAAGAAUACCACACAACAAAGAUGCCUCAACAUUCACGAAUAUCAAGCUAAGGAACUCUUCAAACAAUUCGAUGUUCCUCACCAAAGAGGUAUUACCAUUGAUAACUUGGAAGCCAUUCCAGCUACUCUUGCUCAAUUGAAGACUGAAACUGGUACCAAGAACUUUAUUGUCAAGUCUCAAAUUUUGGCUGGUGGUAGAGGUAAAGGAUCAUUCAUUGAAAAUGGAUUCCAAGGAGGUGUUAAAUUCACAAAGAACGAACAAGUUGCUGCUGAUGUUGCUAGCAAAAUGCUCGGUAAUACUCUCGUAACUAAACAAACUGGUGAAAAGGGUAUCAAGGUCGACAAGCUCUUCUUUGCUGAAUGCUUGGACUUUAACAGAGAAUUCUACUUUGCCAUCCUCUUGGACAGAGCUGCUCAAUGCCCAGUUUUCGUCGGAAGUUAUGAAGGUGGUAUGGAUAUUGAACAAGUUGCUGAAGAAAAGCCAGAAGCUAUCAAGACUUUGCUCAUCAGAGAUCUCGAAAAUGGUCCAACUCUUGCUGAUGCCACUGAAUAUGCUAAGGAACUCCAAUUCAAGAAGCCAGAACAAGCUGCUCAAAUCAUGAAGAAGUUGUACACCAUGUUCCGUAAGACUGAUGCUGCUCAAUUGGAAAUCAAUCCACUCGUUGAACUUGAUAACACUGCUGAUCUCUCAUGUGUUGACUGUAAAUUGAACAUUGAUGAUAAUGCUGCUUUCAGACAAGCUAACAUCUUUGCUAUGCGUGAUUGGGCUGCUGAAGAUCCAAGAGAAGUUGAAGCUGCCAAAUGUGAAUUGAACUAUAUCGGAUUGGAUGGUAACAUUGGUUGUUUGGUCAAUGGUGCUGGUUUGGCUAUGGCCACUAUGGACAUUAUUCAAUUGCACGGUGGUGCUCCAGCUAACUUUUUGGAUGUUGGUGGUGGUGCCACUACUAACCAAGUUAAGCAAGCUUUCACUAUCAUUUUGAAGGAUGAAAGUGUCAAGUGUGUUUUGGUCAACAUUUUCGGUGGUAUCAUGAGAUGUGAUGUUAUUGCUGAAGGUAUUGUUCAAGCUGCUCGUGAAUUGGGUGUCCGUAUUCCAAUCGUUGUUCGUUUGGCUGGUACUAAUGUUGAUAAGGGUCUCCAAAUCUUGGAAGAAGCUGCCAAGACUGGUACUCUUAAGGUUAUUGCUGCUAAGGAUCUCGAUGAUGCUGCCAUCAAGUCAGUUGCUCAAUUGAAAUAAAUAAUUUCUACUAAUUUGCUAAUUUAAA